AUGCAGGAGAUGAUCGAGAUGGCGGCGGAGAAGGAGACGUUCCUGGUCCCGGCCCCGCCGCCGCCCCUCAGGCCCCCGCCCGCGGCGGGGGGAGGGGGCGGCCCCCUGGUGCAGCUGCACCAGGAGGCCGCCUCGGCGGAGCUGCACGAGGAGGCCGCCCCGGCCAAUCAGCGCCGGGAAGGGGGCGGGGCGCCGCGCGGGGGAGGAGGCGGCGGCCCCCUCGUGCAGCUGCACGAGGGGGCCGCCCCGCUGGGGCAGCGCCGGGGCGGGGGCGGCCCGCCCCAGGAGGAGGACGACGGCGGCGGCGUGGGCGAGCUGCUGCUGCUGCCGCGGCCUCGCAACGGCUUCCAGCCCCCGCGGCCGGCCGGCGGCUCCAAGCGGCGCAACAGCUGCAACGUGGGCGCCCGGCACCCGGCCGCCAAGCGCCGGCGCCGGGUCAACUCCGAGUGCGACCCGGUGCUGCCCUCCGAGUUCCUGCUGGGCGGCAACAUCUUCGACCCCCUCAACCUCAACAGCCUCCUGGACGAGGAGGUGAACCAGGCCCUCAACGCCGAGACCCCCAAGUCGUCGCCGCUGCCGGCCCGGGGCCGCGACCCGGUGGAGAUCCUCAUCCCCAAGGACAUCACCGACCCGCUCAGCCUCAACGCCCAGGACGGCGACGCGGCGGCCCUGGUGCUGGCCUCGCCCUUCAAGGCGGGCCGCAAGCGCCACCGCCACCGGGGCGGGCAGCAGCGGGGCGGCGGGGGCGGCGGGGCCGGGGACUGCAAGCCGGCCGCCUGCAAGGCCUGCGACGCCGCCUGCCCCGCCCCGCAGCCCUACGAACUCAACACGGCCAUCAACUGCCGGGACGAGGUGGUCUCCCCGCUGCUGCCCCUGGCCGCCGAGGGGGCGGGCUGCGUCACCCCCUCUUGCGCCGCCGGCGGCCGCCACCACCACCACCACCACCGCAAACGGCGCCGGACUAGCAGCAAAUCGGAGGCGGCCGGCGGGCCCAAGCUGCCGCCGCCUCCCCCCACCCCGGGCGGGGGCAAAGGCGGGGGCCAGCCGGGCAAGGGCAGCCCGGAAAAGGGCAAAUUGGCCGGGCGGCACCAACAGGCGCCCGCGGCCAAGCGGCGGCGGCAACAGCGGAAGUUCCAGUACGGCAACUACUGCAAAUACUACGGCUACCGGAACCCCAACUGCGAGGACGCCCGGCUGCGGGUCAUGAAGCCCGAGUGGUUCCAGGGCAAAGAGGUGCUGGACCUGGGCUGCAACGUGGGGCACCUCACCCUGAGCGUGGCCAAGAAGUGGAAACCCGCCCGGGUGGUGGGGCUGGACAUCGACGGGGGCCUGAUCCACUCGGCACGCCAGAACAUCCGCCACUACCUGUCCGAGGAGAUCCGGCAGCGGCAGGACGCCGCCGAGGCGGGAGCCGGCCCCAAGAGGCGGAGGGGCGGCUUCCCUGCCUCGCUGGCGGCCAGCAGGGGGCCCAUCGCUGCCCCCCGGGUGCCCCAGGAUGGGGCUGGGGCCGCCGACUUCCCCGACAACGUGAUCUUUGUCCGGGGGAACUACGUGCUGGAGCGGGACGAGCUGCUGGAGACGCAGGGCGCCGAGUACGACGUGGUGCUGUGCCUCAGCCUCACCAAGUGGGUGCACCUCAACUGGGGGGACGACGGGCUGAAGCGGCUCUUCAAGCGCAUCUUCCGCCACCUGCGGCCCGGCGGCCUCCUGCUGCUGGAGCCCCAGCCCUGGUCCUCCUACGGCAAGCGCAAGAACCUGACGGAAACCAUCUACAGAAACUACUACCGCAUCCAGCUGAAACCGGAGCAGUUCCCCUCCUACCUGACCUCCCCGGAGGUGGGCUUCUCCAGCUGCGAGCUGGUGGCCAGGCCCUACAACAGCUCCAGAGGCUUCCAGCGCCCCAUUUAUCUCCUCCACAAAGGCCACCCCGCCGCCCACUGAGGGAGAAGCGGCCGACGCUCGGGGCCAGAGGCCCCCCCCUGGUUUUUUUUCGUUGCAUUGGAGGACAGCUGGGCUGAGCCUGUCGGACUGGGCGCCGGGCCCCGCGGGUGGCAGCCGCCGGACGUGGCGCGGCGCCUCAGGCGCCGGCGGGCAGACGGCCCGGCCUGGCCCGCGGGCUUUGCGCUCACCGAAUCCGCCGCGUGAGAGGGGCUGCCCCCUGCUGGACACUGCUUGGUGCUGCAGCCUGGAGGAGACCAGCGGGGGCCCUGUGCUGCAUACUCAGCCCCCCCCCCCCCCCCCCCCCCGGCUCCAGUUGGAGCUCGUACAGCUGACUUGGGGGGGGAGGGGGCAGCUGUACGAGCUCCCGCCCCCCUCCCCCCCCCUCCCAAACAGCUCAUCUCUCUGCAGCAGGGAGGGGCCCUUUGCAUCUAUGGUUAGAGGGGGGAGACCAACCAGGACGGCAGCUGCCUCGGUUUCCCCUCUGCUGUAAAAGGGGGGGGGGGCAGCGCUGCCCUGCUUGCCAGGGGGAGGCCACAGUGGGGCCGGUGGGAUCCCUGGGCUGGUUCCCCCCUGGAGCUGGGGGGGGGGCGCACCCCCCGCGUGUGACGUGGAGUUUUAUCUUUACAGAUGUUGAUUCUAUUAUAUAUAAAUAAAAGCUACGGAUUAUU